GUUUAGGUAUGGUAGUAGUGUUAAAUAAACAGAAACAUAAACUGUUCGUAAGAAUAUAAUAAAUAAAUACUUAAAAUAGAAGUCUGCCUUUAUAGAACAAGCAGAUUUUAUAAAACAUGGAUCGUGGCAAAAACAUUAUUAAUGCAAGAGGUCAGAAGAAAGUAGCCGGCCCGAUGGGAAAUGAGUUCUUUGCUUUAGGAGCGAAAGGAAACCGGGAGGAUGCUAAAAAGAUUGUCUCAUGUAAAGGAAACCCUAUUAUAUCAGAUCGAAAACGGGAAGCAACUUCUUCUAUUUCGAACACAAAUAAAAAGCCAAAACUAUUACGUUUGGAAGAAACUUUUGGCUUUACCAUUCACGGUUCUUGGGAUCAGUUUGCAAUUGACUGUGAAACUACAGAUUUAAUUACUGUAAUUAAGGAAAUCUCCGAGCAGUUUGAUGAUAACGUACUACGUGUUAUAUGUGGGUCAGUGAAGCAUCUCAUGGAGCCUUAUACGCGAAUGAAAUUUGAUUAUGUUCUUUAUUUGGGAUUAUUGUAUCUGGCCAAACUACGACCAAAUAUUUUCUGUGAAGAGAUUCUUAGUUCAGCUCUUGUGUAUAUAUUGCGUAGAGAUGUAAAUGUUAAAUUGAAACAAAGCUCUAAUUCCCACGCAAUCGCCUCAAACCUUUUAACGAAAGCAUAUUAUGAUAGAACCAACUGGCCAGAACACUUUAUGCGAAUAUACAUAGAAGAUGCCAUUAAUGAACGCACAUGGUCAGAUAAUGAUUUUUGUAUGCCAUAUAUAAAAAACGUAUGCUUUGUAUUUAAAACAAACAUUCCUCCACCUAAUGCCUUGCAUAUUGAAACCCCAGGUUUUGGCGUGUCAGCGGGCCAACAACAUCGCGAUAUGCUAUUAUGUCUAGAAGAUGAUUCUGGAGACGGGAGCUCAAAUAUAGAAUCUAUUGGUUUUGGAAUUGAUACUGAUUCACCUUUUUUAAUUUGCAAUCGUUUUGCCGACAUUGAAAAUACUGUUGAAAAAAUUGUUAUCGAUGCAAUAAAGGAACAGUUGAAUAAGAGACAACAAACUGACUGGUAUACGCGAAACUUUUUAAAAUUCUUAUGUUCAACAGCUGGUCUAAUUGAGGUUCGUUACCUUUGCAUAACACGUCUAGAGUUAUGGAUUCACAACGGUAAACUCGUGAAAUAUGCCCAACAACUAUUACAUUAUAUAUGUUAUAAUAUAAAAGAAAAUAAUUUUAAAGAUCAAGAAGUUUUGGCAAUACUUGUAAAAAUUCGAUUGAAAACGAAGCCUUCGCUAAAUUUUUUUUUGCUCUGUAUUAAAGAGAUGAUAUCCCAGCAGCCUAAUGUUCUCAGGUUAAUACUAAAACUUGUGGUUCAAAAUGAACUUUCAAACACGAGGAACCCAAACAAUAUGGGAAUGCUUGCUACAAUGUUUCAAACAUCUCCAGAACAAUCCUCUCAAAAUCUUGCAGAAAUCUACAAAGAAUUUUUACUACAACGAGAAGACUGUUUACGUACAUUAAGAGUAUUUUUACGUGAAUUGGUCCGUGUGCUUCGUUAUGAUAUGAAUAUUGUAAAAUUCUGCAAAGAGUUUAUGAACGAACGAAUUGAUUUGAUGGAACAAGUUGAACGCUCAGAAUUUAAAGAAAGAAUUUUCCAUUCAAUGGUUGACAUAAUAUGCCUUUGCAUGCUAUUAUCUGUUUCACCGCAAAUUCGUGAAGCGUGUAUCGUAUUGCGUUCCAACAAGGAAAUGAAAAAUAAUCCAUUAUUAUUGAAUUUUUUUUCACAAAUGUCUCAAAUUCAAUUGGAAGCCGUAUCUUGGAUGUACGAGACAGUUCCGAAUCUUUUUAAAAUACAAAGUUUAGAAUACAGUCAAGCUCUACACAAGAUUUUACUUUUAGACAACCCUGAGCAAUAUUCGAGAUGCGAUCAAUGGCCUUCGGAGCCAGAGAGGGGAGCACUGUUGAGGAUUGCUUCUGAAACUCCAGUUCUAGAAGAUACUCUUCUACGAAUUAUACUUAUCGGUAUUACUAAAGAUAUACCUUUAACGAUACCAGAAACUAUAGAUGUGAUAAUGAUGGUCAUUAAAAGGGCGUCAACAAUGAGAAUCCCCAACUAUCCAGCAGUACAAGCCAACAAAUAUGAUGUUAUAGACUUCCUAUUUAAUAUGGUAGAAUAUCAUUACCCGGAAAAUAUAAAUUUACCCUUGGGUUACGCUCCCCCAAAGCUUGCUAUCACAGUUUUAUAUUGGAAAGCAUGGAUUAUAAUGCUAAUGAUUUCCGCUCACAACCCGUCCACAUUCGGAGCGUUUUGCUGGAAACAUUACCCCACUAUGAAGGUUUUGAUCGAAAUGUGCAUUACCAACCAAUUUACCGAACCGCAUAUCGGAAAGGAGGAACUACAGCUGGUUUCUCUAGAAAGAGAACAAAUUCUUCAGUUGGAGUCAUAUUUGGCAGCCCAAACUUCCCAAGCGAUUAUAACUGAGGAUAAUGCAAUACUUAUUUCGCAGUUAAUGCUUAUGGAUCCAAUGGGGCAAGUUAGAAAAAUCCCUAAUAGCGUUUUAGAGCAAGUGAAGGGACUAAACAAAUCUUUGAAAUUGGGAUAUCUUUUGUGUCGCUGCCGUCGACCGGAUUUACUACUUGAUAUAAUUCAGCGUCAAGGUACAACUAAGUCGAUGCCUUGGCUUUCAGAUCUGGUGCAGAGUAGCGAAGGAGACUUCAGCCACCUUCCAGUACAAUGCUUAUGCGAGUUUCUUUUAUUUAACGCUAACAUAAUUAAUGAGGAAAACACACGUGACGUAGAAUUAGUCGCUUACCUAAGAAACCUAGUGAUGGAAGAGAACACUCAAAAGAAAACAGUUUGUGAGGUCUUGGACUACAUAUUUCGCAGAUUGUCAUCAACAGUAAAGCAAUCGCGUAUCGCUGCCAUAUCCGGUCUUAAAAUUAUUUUCAAAGAUAACACUGAUCAAAAUGAUUGGUUAUUAAAAUCAAUUCCACAAAUUCAGUGUUUUAGAGAAGCUUUAUCUUUUAUGAUACCUCAGCUAAGGUCGGCAUGCCAAGUUGAAAAUACACCAGCUUUGGUAAUGUCUUAUAUUCAGUUUGUAGCUGCGCAUACUAUUAACGAUGGCGUCAUCGAUAUGCUAGACCAUGUUAUUGAUAUGGCACAGUUGAUUGUAGAGCGGAGUACCAUGUUUCAGCAUAUCAUACCUCUAACUGGCGAUUUAUUAUUAGGAUAUAGUAAUGAUAAUCUCGCCGAAUGUCGUUUUCAAACGUUGAAAUGUCUCUUUGUUAUGUUCAAUAACUACAUAAUUAGACUAAGAGAACACCGGGAACCCUAUGAAUGGACGGAGUAUCCUGACUUACUUAUGGUCCAGUUUGAAGAUGGAGCCCAACUGCCUCUUCAUUUAAACAUAAUACAUGCCUUUAUAAUCUUACUGACACAGUCAAGUAGCCAAAUGCCUGAGUCGCUCCCAAUUCUUGACUAUUGGUUCCCUCCAGGACGAAGACCCCCCUCUGGCUUUUUACCAAAUAUUUCUCACGAGGCAGUUCAACUAUUACCUGACUGGCUAAAAUUAAAAAUGAUUCGUUCCUCAGUUGAUCGGCUAAUUGAAGCUGCGUUGUUAGAUCUUACUCCCGACCAGAUUGUUUUGUUUGUACAAAAUUUUGGAACACCAGUGAUUUCAAUGUCAAAACUGUUGGCCUUAUUAGAUCAUGCUGUGAAUGAAGAACUCGAACUAGUUAAAAAUGCAAUACUCAACAAAGCGUAUUUAGCACAACUUAUUGAAAUUCAACAAAAACGAGGGGCCAAAAAUGGGCAUUUUACUGUUAAAGCUCUUGAGUUAUAUUCUCAUUCUCAAACAGUGCCAGAUCAUCCAAAACAAGCCGAUGCGGUCUUGAACCCACUAAACUUGCAGAAAAACUUUCAAACAAUAAUUCUUACUACGUGCUACUAUCGCGGGAGUAAAGACAUUGAAGAUGUAAUUGGUAAUACGUUAAAGACUUCGAAUUACUAUUACAAAAGCACCAACCGUUUUCGAAGGUUAAUUCAUUAUUUGCUUGAUAGAGAAUUUUUGUUUACGAAAAACCGUAAGGAAGUUAUGAUAAGUCAUUUGAAAAGGGGAUGGUUAUGCCUUUUGAGAAUAAUAGACCGGUACAAACAUUCAAUACCCCAGCAGACAACAUCGCAGAUAAAGCAUAUUUGUACACUUUUAAGGGUACUACUAAAACAAAAGUUUUUAUCUGCGGAUGAUUUCAAGCUUAUAUCAGAUAAACUUUAUGAAUGUGAGUCCUUAUGGAAAACCCAUAUGAAUUCUAGACGAAAUAUUAACAUGUACUUCAAAAGUUUAUUCAAUAUCGUUAAGAAAAGGGAGAUGCAAAUGUUUCCUACAAUUUCCGAAUCUUAUGAAAAAGCCGAGCACAAACAAAUACUAUCUGGUACUCAGAAGUUGUUUGGUAUUAAAAGUGAGAAGGUAUUAAAAAAUACAACAGUUGAAGAUUUAUGUCAUUGUGGAUUAAUUGUCGAUAGGUUAUGCGAAAUAGAUCCAGAAUUCAUACUCUUAAGAAAACAGAACCAAAUAGGCAGAUUAUUCAUGAAAAGUUGCUCCGACUCUCGUUUCCAUAUACUUUCCUUGAUAUGCCAUCAAACAAGUUGGGACGCCUUGUUGAUCAAUUUGAAAUUGUUGAUGCAAGAAGUGCAACCAGGUAUUGACUGUAGUACAGCCCUUAAUUUUAUUGAAGCGCUUAUAAGUAAUCCAAAGCUUUGGCAAGGACGAGACAAAAGCGUAACAGAAACUAAUUUCCCAGAACUAAUGUUUUUAUUUAACGAGUCCCAGUUGAGUGCUUUAAUUGGUUUUAUUUUGAAUGAAGCUGAUGCAAACUCGAAGACUAUGUUGGAAACUUAUGAUUACAAAAUUUGUUCGCGCAUCAAUCUUCUAUUCAGAGUUACCAGUAAAAUACAUAAGGAUAUUUCCAAGUUUAUUGAAUAUGUACUUAGGAAAUCAUGUCCCCAUUUAUUGAAACUAAAAAUUAUACACCAGAUGUACCUUUUACAUCCUUCCAUUCGAUUUAUGACAACUAAUUUAAAAGAACAUGUUACGAAAAUAUCUACUUUGAGGGGUUGUAAAGCUGAUAAGGUUUCAAAUUACUUAAUUACUUGCUUGGGGAAUCUUUUUCUUAGAAAAGAUUUCGAAACUCUAUCUAGUGAUAUUGAAAUGCUAAUAAGAAAAUUUGCGGCAUCACAUCCUAUCCUAUUUUUGCGCCAAUUAGGUGUUUUAUCAUCUUUAAUACAAGGUAGGGCGCAGUUAAGCGUUCGUCUUUUACGCGAUGAAUACCAUUUUCACCGGUUUAUACAAAUACUUCGUGCGCUUCAACUGCUACAACCUAUGUUAUUCGACGAUAGUUACAAAAUUGAAUUUCAAGCAGCUUUAGAGUGUUAUUUCUCAUUUUUCAAACAUCAUAGCUUUAUUAAAGAGUCAUAUCAUAUAUUGAUAAAGUUCGUCGAACUAUUACAAGCCUAUAUAAAUUCCAAUCCUUCAAGUGCGCUUCUUUAUAUCGAAAAAUAUGUUGGAAUUUUAAUGGAACUGUCCGUAAAAUUUAAUUCCAUUACAUCGUUGCAACAACUGGUACAGGGCAUAGCUCUUCUUCAGCAAAAAGGUAUCCCAAUAAAUGAAUUAAACGAUGACGAAAAUAAGCAAGAUUUUGAAUUAGAAGAGCAGGGAAAUAGUAACGCUUUUGCUCUAACGGAUGUUGAUAUAUCUGAAGCGAAUCCCAUAAAUCAUUUGGAACCUAAUAUCAAAGGAGGAGUCCCAUUUGCUAUUUCUACACCGUUUACAAAAUCACUUACAAUGUCGCAACAUUUUACAGAUCUUAUAACAGUAAUAAAAAAUUCAAGUACAGAAGAAGCUAUCUUGGGACCUCUGCAAGAAAUAGAAAGUCUAACUUCGAAGCGAUUCUCAUUUCUGAAUGAAAUUUUUGAUCGGUUACUAGAGUUGAUAUUUUCUCCUAGUGCGCAGAUACGCUCCAAUGCAUUCAUUUUAUUGGUUCGUCAUUUGAAACAUAAUCCAGGUCGCUCUGACAUAAAUCGAUGCACCCUUAAUGCAUACAUUCAAUGCUUGAGAGACGACAACUCGUCUGUUGCCACUACUGCUGUAGACAACUUAGUUGAAAUGACUCUGCUUUUGCAAGAGCAUACCGUAGAAAUACUUUCAGUAGCCUUUACUCUUGGGGUUAAGUCACAAUUAAACACAAGUACUCAAAUCAAAAGAGUUUUACAAACGCUAAUGUUACAGCAUGGAUAUUAAAAUUAAGCUUAUUAGUAUUACAGUAAUAAUAUUAUACAAAAAUUAUAAUAUAAAAUAUAAUAUUACUACAAAAAUAUUUUUAAGUGUGUUUGGAAUAGAAAGAAGAAAAUAAUUUCUGAUUUUUUUAUCUCUGUACAAUAAAGAAUAAAACUUGCAAAAAAUA